UCUUCACGUGUUGCGGAUGCCAGUUUCCAUGUUUCUGCAAUUCUUGCAUUCUCCGGGAACCCCUGUCGUGCAAUCGGCUGACCCUUCGAUUCUUGGCCACGAGGGUUCCGUGACCAGGAUGCAUCCGGCUGCCUAAAGCGAGGAGACCCUCGUCUGUUCUGGACAACGACACAGGUACGAUACGAUUACGAAGGGUUCCCAGCCGAGGAGCCACAUGGAUGAUCCUGAAGAAUGCGAACGAGAAUGGACUGCAGAGGCCAAGAAAGGAUGAACGUGAGCAGGAACGCACCAGUCAAUAGUCCAGUCAGCCUGCGAUGUAGAUGUAGAUCCAGCCGAUCCCCCCGUUGAACGAGGGUAUUUCUUCUCUCACCAUCUCGUCCAGGUCUUCGCACGGCACCAUGAUGCUCAUUCCUUCCCUGCUCCUGUCUUUGCUAGCCAUCUCCCCGGCCCUGGCAGCGCCUGCCAAGCGCGCCGCUCCCACCGUGACCAUCGCGCACCCCGAGGCCACCAUCGUGGGCAGCGCCGGGUCGCGGGUCGAGAGCUUCAACGGCGUGCCGUUCGCGCAGCCGCCGACCGGGUCGCUGCGGUUGAAACCGCCCAAGCCGAUCGAGUCCUCGCUGGGCACCGUCGAGGCGACGGGCAUCGCCAAGUCCUGUCCGCAAUUCUUCUUCUCAACCGACAACUCCGAAUUCCCCGGGUCGGUCGUGGGAAUGCUGGCCAACAUCCCCAUCUUCCAGAAGGUCACCAACGCCGGCGAGGACUGCCUGUCCGUGAACAUUCGGCGGCCGGUCGGCACGAAGGCGGACAGCAAGCUGCCUGUGUUGGUGUGGAUCUACGGCGGCGGGUUCGAGCUGGGUUCAUCGUUCAUGUAUGACGGUGCACCGCUGGUGCAGAGCUCUGUGGACAAGGACAUGCCGAUCGUGUUCGUGGCCAUCAGCUACCGCGUGGGCGGCUUUGGCUUCAUGCCCGGCAAGGAGAUUCUGGCCGACGGCGCGUCCAACCUGGGUCUGCUGGACCAGCGCGCCGCCCUGGAAUGGGUCGCCGAUAAUAUCGGCGAGUUUGGCGGCGAUCCCGAGAAGGUGACCAUCUGGGGCGAGUCGGCCGGCGCCAUCUCCGUGUUCGACCAGAUGCUGCUGUAUGGCGGAGACAUCGACUACAAGGGCAAGCCCCUGUUCCGCGGCGCCAUCAUGAACUCGGACGGCGCCGUGCCGGCAGACCCUAUAGACAGCGCCAAGGGACAAGCGGUUUACGACAAGGUGGUGGACUACGCCGGGUGUGACGGGGCAGACGACACACUGGAGUGCUUGCGCCAGCUGGACUACACGGACUUCCUCAACGCGGCCAACUCGGUUCCCGGGCUGCUAAGCUAUCACUCGGUGGCGCUGUCAUAUCUGCCGCGACCGGACGGCAAGGUGCUGACCGACAGCCCGGACGUGCUGAGCAAGCAGGGCAAGUAUGCGAAGGUGCCGUUCAUCAUCGGCGACCAGGAGGACGAGGGCACGCUCUUCGCGCUGUUCCAGUCGAACAUCACGACCACUGACGACCUGGCCAACUACUUCGAGCAGUACUUCUUCCACGGCGCGUCACGGGCGCAGCUCAAGGAGCUCAUCGGCACCUACUCCAGCAUCAGCGAGGACGGCUCGCCCUUCCGCACGGGCAUCUUCAACAACUGGUAUCCGCAGUUCAAGCGUCUGGCGGCCAUCCUGGGCGAUCUGACCUUCACUCUGACCCGCCGCGCGCUGCUCAAGUACGCGCACGACGCGCACCCGGACGUGCCCAGCUGGUCCUACCUGGCGUCCUACAACUUCGGCACGCCCGUCAUGGGCACGUUCCACGGCAGCGACAUCCUACAGGUCUUCUACGGCAUCCUGCCCAACUACGCGUCGCGCUCCAUCCACACGUACUACUUCAGCUUCGUCUACGACCUGGAUCCCAACUCGCGACGAGGCUCCUUCAUGGAGUGGCCGCAGUGGAAGGACGACCAGCAGCUGAUGAACUUCAAGGCGAACUCGGGGCAGCUGCUGAAGGAUGAUUUCCGCUCGGACUCGUACGAGUUUAUCCUGCAGAAUGUGGAUUCAUUCCACAUCUAGUGCGCUCGCUUAGGGAGACCAUGCAAGCAAGGCCAUGCAGGUAAGACGGAGGGAUUGACAGGGGACGGCCAUUCCCCGGGGAUAUAAUAAAUUGGUGGCGGCAGGCAGGGGCGAUGAUUGGCGGCGGACCUGUACAUACCUUAGUCUAG